UCUCCUUCCGGACUUCAGUUUGGCUGUAUCUCUGUCUUAGCGAGAGGGGCCGUGACUAAAAGCUGCCUUUUCCGCAAUGAACUGCCAGUUUGCAGGAGCCUCAGGGUCCCGCAAACCGCCUCGAGCGCCCCUCUCCGCGGGAGCAGCGCGGCCGGAACUGCGCAGGUGCGGCGUCACUGACCUCGCCGGGUUCACUUCCGGGGCUCGCGCGGCCCCGCUAUUCAGUCAAGGCUCCGGACUCCGGCAUCUGCUCGGCGGCAGCCUCCUUCAGACCUGCCUGGCGGGACCCAGGGGACCGAGCCGAGCCGCGGGGCCCGCUCCGGCCCGGCCAUGAGCGCGGCCGCAUGAUGUGUCCCUGCCUCGGCCGCUGCAGUCGCCGCCGCCGCCGCCGCAGGCCGGGAGGAGCCGCAGCGCCGGGCGACCCCGCCCGGGCCUCGGAUCCGAUCACAUAGGACAGUAUGCACCUUAAGAUCCUGAAGAAAAGGCACAAAAUGUUCAAGUGAUGUUUAGAAAUAAUUUGUGAGGGUGCGUCAGGGAAACCAUGCAGCCAUCAGGACACAGGCUCCGGGACGUCGAGCAUCAUCCUCUCCUGGCUGAAAAUGACAACUAUGACUCUUCAUCGUCCUCCUCCUCCGAGGCUGACGUGGCUGACCGGGUCUGGUUCAUCCGUGAUGGCUGUGGCAUGAUCUGUGCUGUCAUGACGUGGCUUCUGGUCGCCUAUGCAGACUUCGUGGUGACUUUCGUCAUGCUGCUGCCUUCCAAAGACUUCUGGUACUCCGUGGUCAACGGGGUCAUCUUUAACUGCUUGGCCGUGCUUGCCCUGUCGUCCCACCUGAGAACCAUGCUCACCGACCCUGGGGCGGUACCCAAAGGAAAUGCUACAAAAGAAUACAUGGAGAGCUUGCAGUUGAAGCCCGGGGAAGUGAUCUACAAGUGCCCGAAGUGCUGCUGUAUUAAACCCGAGCGCGCCCACCACUGCAGUAUUUGCAAAAGAUGUAUUCGGAAAAUGGAUCAUCACUGCCCGUGGGUGAACAAUUGUGUAGGAGAAAAGAAUCAAAGAUUUUUUGUGCUCUUCACUAUGUACAUAGCUCUGUCUUCAGUUCAUGCUCUGAUCCUUUGUGGAUUUCAGUUUAUCUCCUGUGUCCGAGGGCAGUGGACUGAAUGCAGUGAUUUUUCACCUCCAAUAACUGUAAUCCUGUUGAUCUUCCUGUGCCUUGAGGGUCUUCUGUUUUUCACUUUCACUGCAGUUAUGUUUGGCACCCAAAUCCACUCCAUAUGCAACGACGAGACGGAGAUCGAGCGAUUGAAAAGUGAGAAGCCCACAUGGGAGCGGAGGCUGCGAUGGGAAGGGAUGAAGUCCGUCUUUGGGGGCCCCCCCUCACUCCUCUGGAUGAAUCCCUUUGUCGGCUUCCGAUUUAGGCGACUGCCCACAAGACCCAGAAAAGGUGGCCCGGAGUUCUCAGUGUGAGGCCCGGCUCAUCAGGCUGGAACUGGCUCACAGACGUCCGCUUACUUGUUUGGGGUCUGCAGGGUAUCAACAGCUCAUCUGUGACCACCAGGGCAACUGGAACCUACACAAACCAAUUGCUUGCAGCAAGCAGAGUUUUAUAUAUUUAUAGUCACAGAUGGCAGAGGAAGAGGCUCUCAGUCCCCACCUGUACAACAACGGAAAGGUGUGUGGCCAUGCAAAGAAGCCAAGCACCAUGGCCUCCUGCAGAGUUGGGACUUCUGUGGAGAAGACUGGGUUAUUACAUGGGUUAUUCAGAUCCUGUGUACUGAGCUGCUGUUUCCAAUCUUGAAAAACAGUCAAUCCAGUGAACAGGGACUCUCCGAGCAGUCAUUUCAGGGGGCUCCUGCUGACCCCGCCACUCAGCAGUGCACUCCCCGGAUCACAGCAGGGCGUUUACAUAGAAAGACGUUUUGGUCUCGAUUAGCUCCGAUGCUUUGCACUGAAGUUGCAAAAGAUCUGUGCACUGAACAGUGAAGGUGGCUUCCGGCACACUCCCCGCUGCCCCGGAAGAGACAUCCUUUGACUCUCAGCAAGUCUGUGUAUGCGUGUGUCUGUGCGUGUGUGCGCGCGUGUGCAUGUGUGUCAAAAUUGCCAGUGUUGUUUAGGCAGUGUAACAUUUACCGGCUGUGUACAGCAAACAAGCUAUUUUUUAGAAACCGACGUUUCAGGGAAGAGGGGAGAGAACCCCGGGGUCCUGCCCGUGGUUACUAUGAAUGUAUUGCUGUUGGAGGACAUCUUGAUCCAAAGAACAGCCGUUCCUGUGCGGCCCUUCGUUGCCCUCCUGCUUUCAUUUUUUAAAGAAAUCUUGAGUGCUUGAGGGCCUUGGAACCGAUUUUUUUUUUGUUCCAGCCAAAUUAGCAGUGUAUAAAUGGCACCUAGGUAAGAGCAGAGCCGUGGCUCAGUGACGUGAUACUUUGGGCAGCUGGAUCCUGUUAGUGGUGUGUGGGGCAGGGGAGGCAUCCCAACUGGAGAGGCAGGGCCCAGCUCUUGGGUACCUCUGGGAAGGUGAAGGGACCAUGAGGCAGCCAGCCCCUGGCAGGGGCGAUUGUGCCACCACACAGGCAGCGCUCCAGCUGGGAAUGGUCAGAUUGGCGCCCUCGUUGGAGUUUUUGGUUAGCGUUUAUGUUUUCUUCUCCACCCACGGCACAGGUGAUAAAAUAGGAUCCUUGGUGCGGAGCUUAAAAUUACGCCAGAAAGCCAACAGCUCCCCUCCGUGGGGACUUGCCUUAAACUUGCCUGGUUUGUACAUUUUUUGCCGGAUGCAUCAAGAAGCAAUCUGUGACAAAGCCUGAGGGCCUUCCUUUCAACGUGCCCUCCACGCUAAGAGAAGUUGGCGUCUCCCUCCCGGGAACGGUUUUGCCUUUCUGUUCAUCUGUGAACUGUUUUGUUUUUAAUUACUCUGUACCCCAUCCGAAUCAGGGCUUCUACCACUGCUGAUGCAAAACCACAAAGGGACCUACCUGAGCCACCGUCCUAGCCAAGCGAGCAAACCUGCAGGGGUUUGGAAGUGGACUCGGUCACCGCAGAAAUGUGUGCGUCACUGGGGGAAGAACUGCGUCACAGCCACCGGGACAAAGCAUAGAUUGUGGGUGAUCUGGAGACACGAGUUUCCAGGAUUGUUUUGCAUAUUCAUUUGCACAUUGUUGUCUGGGUUGGACAUGCGUGUGGGCUUCAGUGUGAGGCUUUUAAUAUGUAUAUCCUGUUCUAUCAAUAAAACAAGUAUCCAAGUGGUUGAAUCCUGUGAGACUUGGCAAGUGUGUGCAAAUCAAGUAUACUUGACUUUUCAACCUCUUCUUUCAAUGUAACUUUUAUAUGAAAUAAAGUAAUCAAUUGACAGUUCUCAAA